AUGUCCGAUGGAUCUGCCGACACCCCACUGCUCCACCCGCACCUCCAGGGGUGGCGCCGCCGCAUUACCUCAGCCGUCAGCCUCAAGACCUCCCUCCCAUCCGAGCUGAGCGGCGCAGUAGGCGACCUCGGCACAUACAUCCCCAUCGUCCUGGCCCUCACGCUCGUCUCUAAUCUCGACCUCUCCACAACCCUAAUCUUCACCGCCGCCUACAACAUCGCCACCGGCGUCCUGUUCGGAACCCCAAUGCCCGUCCAGCCGAUGAAAUCGAUCGCCGCAGUCGCCGUCUCGGAGACGCCUCACCUGACGGUUUCGCAGAUCGCUGCGGCCGGAAUAUCCACCGCCGCUGUGCUGCUCUUCCUUGGUGUCACCGGCCUCAUGUCCGUUCUCUACCGCUUUCUUCCUCUUCCCGUCGUUCGAGGCGUUCAGCUCUCACAGGGCCUGGCAUUCGCAUUUUCGGCAAUCAGAUACAUCCGGUACAACCAAGAUUUCACCAUAACAACAUCAACCAAAACAACCGAUCCCCGGCCCUGGCUCGGCUUGGACGGCCUUAUCCUCUCCCUCACUUGCCUCCUCUUCCUAAUCAUCACAACCGGUGAUGGAACUUCCAACCAAACCAACACCAACACCAACACACAAAACCCUCGAAAUAUCCAAAAACGACUUAAGAUUCUAUUAGCAAUCCCAUCUGCCCUCAUCAUCUUUCUCCUCGGCCUCAUCCUAUGCUUCGUCCGCGAUCCAUUCAUCUUCCACGACUUAACCCUCGGGCCCUCGGGCUUCCAUGUGCUCACCAUAACAUGGAAUGACUUCAAGACUGGUUUUUUACGAGGAGCAGUGCCUCAAAUCCCAUUAUCCGUCCUGAAUUCGGUGAUUGCUGUUUGUAAGCUGUCAGGCGAUCUUUUUCCGGGUACCGAAUUAUCAGCUGCUAAAGUGUCGGUGAGUGUGGGCCUCAUGAACCUGGUCGGGUGCUGGUUCGGGGCCAUGCCCGUGUGUCAUGGAGCUGGCGGGCUCGCGGGCCAGUACAGGUUCGGAGGGAGGUCCGGGCUGUCUGUCGUGUUUCUUGGGCUCGGGAAGUUGGUUAUCGGGCUUUUGUUCGGGAACUCAUUUGUGAGGAUCCUGAGGGGUUUUCCGGUCGGGAUUCUUGGGGUGCUUUUGUUGUUUGCCGGGAUUGAGCUGGCCAUGGCGUCUCGGGAUAUGAACACAAAGGAGGAUUCGUUGGUGAUGCUGGUCUGCACGGCCGUGUCGUUAACCGGGUCAAGUGCUGCCCUUGGGUUUGCAUGUGGGAUCGUGUUGCACGUGGUCCUCAAGCUGCGAGUGAUGGAUUUUUCGAGCUUGGGUUUUCCGGGAACUGAAUCUUCAGGCUCCGGGGCUGGUGGUGAAGACGAUGCCUUCCCCAGUGGGGCUCCCGAGGCUCCGGCGAAGGCGUCCUUGUGCCUCGCGGUUCGAGUCCCUUUGGAUCGUCGAGAGGUGGAGCGGUUUCAGCGGGUGGAGGCGGUGCUCGUCCCCGGACUAGGUCUCGCCGCGAUUCAGGUUGCUACGACGGGGAGGUGGGUGACUGUGUUCUUGCCGGCUUGGUUGAGAAUUUCCUCUGGCAUUUACCUAGGGUUUGGGUCGUGGCUCCGGUUCUAUCUUGGAGGGGACAGGGGUGGAGAGGUCAGCCCCUUCCUUUCAUGCAUCCCGUUCGUUUUGGGGCUAUUCGGAGGGGAUGGGCAUGAAGCAAUUCAAGAACAGGGGCAAACAAAAAGAGAAAAAAGAAGGGAAAAUUGA